CCCUGUGUCUCUGCUGCUCUGUGUAAGUCAAACAGGAAGAGGAAGUUCUGCGCUGCAUAUGAUCUGGGUUUACAUGUGAGACACGUUCAGUCAGCAUCAAGCAUCAGUCAUGGAGGUCACAGCUCUCUGCAUGCAAAUCUUCAUGAACAUGUUUGUGUUGCUGUUGACAAAACCUGAUCUGAGUUACACUGAUCAGAAACCCGUUUUUCCUCUUAUCUCUCCAGACAGACUUCAGUUCUUUGAGUAUGAGUCUGUCUCUGUAAGCUGUGAGGAAGACAAAGAAGUGAAAGCUUGGAGAGUGAGGAGAAAACUUCACAAAAUGAGUUCAGCAAAUGAUUCUGACGCCUGCAGCGUCCCAGCUGCAUCCUGCAGCAUCCAGUACGCUUUUGAGAGGCACAGUGGAGAAUACUGGUGUGAAAACCAUGAAGGGGAAAAGAGCCGGGCUCUCAACAUCUCUGUUACAGCUGGUUCAGUGAUCCUCAAUAUUUCUGCUCGACCAGUGAAGGAAGGAUCUGAUGUGACUCUUCGUUGUUUUAACAAGAACACAAAGAAGACACACAUAAGUGAUUUUUACAAAGAUGGCGUCCAUCUCAGCACCAACUAUAAAACCGGUAUGACCCUCGGAAACGUCUCCAAGUCAGAUGAAGGACUCUAUAAAUGCACCAUUUCCAGAGCUGGAGAGUCUCCUGNUAAAGCUUUUGCUAGUGUAAUAAUUAAAUCAUUAUGA